AUACUUGAAAUUAUUCGAACGAUUCGCAACGACAAGUUCACUUAAGCGAACAAGACAUCGACCGCUCCUUCCCAUUCAGCGGAAAUAAAAAAAGAAUAGUGCAUUUAAUCAAAAAAACACAUACGUUUUUUUAAUAAACAUCUUUAAUAAAUAAAUUAUUUAAAUUUGAUAACCUAAUUGCUAAUAAACAAAUAUCAAAAUGAAUUGCAUGGCCCACAUUGUUAAAUAUAUUUUAUAUAUUUUUAAUUUGAUAUUUGUGCUUUGUGGCAUUUUACUUAUCGUUCUUGGCUCUAUUAUGGUCAACAAUGUUGGCGAUUUGUCGGACUUCAGUGAUGUAAUCAACACAGAUCUCAUCCCAAUUUUGAUCAUUAUUUUGGGCUGCAUCAUUUUCAUCAUAGCGUUCUUCGGCUGUUGUGGAGCUAUACGCGAAAGUGUCUGUUGCACAUCCAUUUACGCCAUUUUCAUGUUCAUUGUUUUCUGCCUGCAAAUUGCUUUGGUGGUAUGGAUGUUCGUCAAAUAUAAAGAAUUUAUGAAUUCCAUGGAAAAGGUUGUUAACACCGUCUGGGAAAAGAAUGACCAGGCCAAUGGAUACCCCAUGGAUGCUCUGCAAAUUAGCUUCAAAUGUUGCGGUCUUACUGGCUCUAUAGAUUACACCUCAAAUAAUUUGCAAGUUCCAAAUUCCUGUUGCGGUACCUUGGAUAACGCUUGUGAAGCUAGUGUCUAUGAAUUCAAACCCGGUUGUCGCAAAGAAUUCUUGAACUUCUGGUCAUCCAACGUCAACAUAAUUCGUUAUGCUGGCAUUGGUGUUGCGCUUGUAGAACUUGUGGCACUUACAUUUGCAUGCUGUCUGAUGAGCAGCAUACGCAAAUCACGCCACAGUAUGUAAGAGUCACCAACAUUUGCCACUAAAUUAAAUUUCAUAGAUAGUUUGUAAGAUUUUCUUGAAAGUAACAUUUUAAGUUCGAUUAAGACAUUUGAAAUAAAACCUCUUGUAGUUUUUUUUUUUAAAAAGGCUUCCUUUUUUAUUGUAAAAGAUUGUUGUUAAAAAUGGAAGAAACAGAAAUACAUUUAAUCGUUCAUUUUGAAUUUUUAA